AUGAAGCUUCAAAAUAUAUUCCAUUUAACGGCUCUGUUGAUCGGUGCAGGCGCGACUAACGCUUCGUUAUACCGCCGAGACCACGAUGUCCAUGAUUAUUUUGCCGUCCAUCUACACUCCUCCGUAUCGCCGGACCAGGCAGCACGAUUACUGGGAGCUCGACAUGAAGGCCAGAUAGGAGAGCUGGAAGGACAUCAUACGUUCUCUUUACCAAGAGAAAGAAGUGGUGAUUUGAACAAGAUAUUGGAUGACCUACAGAGCAGAGCGCGUCGUCGAAGAUCGUUGGAAGCUCGUGGGGAAUAUUUUGAAAGAGAUGGACUGGACGGUGUAUUAUGGUCUGAAAAGUUGAAGCUGAAGAAGCGUCUGCACAAACGGGUUCCUCCGCCUAUGCCACGAGGGCCCGUCGCUGUCAACGGCCGUUCACCCGACCAAGCCCCAGAUCCUGCUGCUUCAACGAGACAGAAUGAGAUUGCAGGCACAUUGGGUAUCAGAGACCCGUCUUUCAAGCAGCAGUGGCAUCUUUUCAACCCCAUACACCCUGGAAAUGACCUCAACGUUACAGGUCUGUGGCUAGAGGGAAUCACUGGAAAGGGAACUAUAUCCGCCAUUGUUGACGACGGUCUGGAUAUGUAUAGCAACGACCUAAAGGAUAAUUACUUUGCAAAGGGCUCCUACGACUUUAACGAAAUGCAACCCGAGCCCCGGCCCUUGUUGGACGAUGAUAAGCAUGGCACUAGAUGUGCAGGCGAGGUUGCUGCCGUCCACAAUGAUGUUUGCGGUGUCGGUGUUGCGUAUGACGGCAAGGUCGCUGGAAUCCGUAUUCUAUCCAAGUCCAUCUCCGAUGAAGAUGAAGCUGUGGCUGUCAAUUACGGGUUCCAGGAAAACCAGAUUUACUCUUGCUCAUGGGGCCCAAUCGACGAUGGAAGGACAAUGGAUACUCCUGGCCUUUUGGUUCGCCGAGCCAUAGCCAACGGAAUUCAAAAGGGACGCGGAGGAAAGGGCUCUGUUUUUGUAUUUGCUGCCGGAAAUGGAGCCCACCAUGAGGAUAAUUGUAACUUCGAUGGUUAUACCAACAGUAUCUUCAGCAUUACUGUGGGUGCUGUUGAUUGGAACAAUGACCACCCAUACUACUCUGAGUCCUGCUCUGCGCAGCUGGUGGUGGCAUACAGCAGUGGAGGCGGCGGCUCUAUUCAUACUUCAGACGUUGGUGCCAACACUUGCUCGUCUCAACAUGGUGGAACCUCUGCGGCCGGACCUUUGGUUGUUGGAGUAAUGGCACUUGUUCUCCAGGUUCGUCCGGAGUUGAGCUGGCGUGACCUGCAGUAUCUACUCGUUGAAACUGCCGUUCCAAUCAAUGCAACUGCCCCAGGAUGGCAAACCACGAGUAUUGGCAAGAAGUUCAGCCAUGAUUUCGGUUAUGGCAAGGUUGACGCAUACUCUACGGUCCAAUUCGCUAAAGAAUGGAAGCCGGUUAAACCACAGGCUUGGUUCCACUCGCCCUGGCUAAAGGUCUACCAUGACAUUCCUCAAGGUGACAAGGGCCUUUCCAGUUCUUUUGAAAUAAAGGACGAGAUGCUUAAGGAACAUAACCUGGAGCGAGUUGAACACGUGACCGUCACUAUGAAUGUGAACCACACUCGACGUGGUGACCUCAGCGUUGAGCUUCGCAGCCCAAGUGGUGUAAUCAGCUACCUUAGUACUACUCGAUCUCAGGAUGACGAGAGGGCCGGAUAUGCCGACUGGACAUUCAUGUCUGUUGCUCACUGGGGUGAAAAUGGACUAGGAAAGUGGACUGUCAUUGUCAAAGAUACCCAGGUUAACGAAUAUAACGGAACAUUUGUUGACUGGAGGCUUACUCUAUGGGGAGAGUCCAUCGACGGCAGCAUUCAAAAGCUUCACCCCUUACCCGAUGUUCAUGAUCACGACCAUGAUACCAGCAUACCCGCCCCCCACGUUGAUACGACCAGUGUCAGCCCAGGACCAACCAAGACCAGUCCUCCAUUCCGUCCCACCGAUAACGUUGACCGACCUACCAAACCAAAACCAUCCGGUUCCACCACACCAGAUCCAGCAGGCACCGCCGCAUCCGCACCCUCGUCAGCACCCUCAUCAGGAGCCGAACACUUCCUUCCAUCCCCAUUCCCCACCUUUGGCGUUUCAAAACAUACCCAAAUCUGGAUCUAUGGCUCUAUCGGUCUAAUUCUCGUUUUCUGCACUGCAUUGGGCGCCUAUUUCUGGGUUCAGCGACGAAAGCGUCUCCGCAACAACCCUCUGAAUGAGUAUGAAUUCGAGAUGGUGGCUGAAGAUGAGGAAGGAUUCCCACUCAGUGGUGCCGGUGCUGGAGGCAAGAAACAUACUCGUCGCGGAGGAGAACUGUACGAUGCAUUUGCCGGAGGUAGCGAUGACGAAGAUCCCCUUUUCAGCAGUGGAGAGGACGACUCUCAUGAGUACGUUGAUGGGGAUGAGGAUGACGACUCUUAUCAUGAUGAUGGACCCGAAGCUACUACCCCAGUGUCUCCAGCUAGACCCUGA